GCAAUGAUUUUCCAGCUCUCUGCCCAACCCAACAGCGCCACGGCCUCCAGCUUAUCCACCACCGUCCCCUUAUCCGCCACCAAAUUGAAUCAGAGGAAGUGGAAAAGCACAGAAAUUGAGAACCGAAGAAGCUGAGAGAUCGAGCGAGAACGCAGAUCUUAGCCAAAAAGAAAAAAACAUAGGUGAGAGACCGUAGAAAUGAUGAUGAGUCCUCUGGCUUCUCCUACCUCCUUUGCUCACCAUAACACACUGUUCUGUUCUAUAAAUAGCACUCACCAUCCCCAUGCAACUGUUUUAGUAACUUCUUCAAUUUUUUCGGUUUCCCGUCGUGGAGGAGGUUUAAGCACCAGAAAUCUUCGGCGGGAGAGAAAGAUAUCUUGCGAAGUAGCUCUGAAGCCCGAUUCCGCAACAAUUGAUUCUUCCACCCCUUCAUCGUGUUCGUCGUCGUCGGCCGCAUCGGCAGCGACUGCAGGGGAGGAAGACGAGGAAUCUAGCAGAGCUAAGAUUGGGGCUAGGGUUAGGGUUAAGGCACCGCUUAAGGUGUAUCACGUCCCCAAAGUCCCCGAAUUCGAUCUCACCGGCAUGGAAGGCGAACUGAAGCUGUACGUUGGCCUGUGGAAGGGGAAGCGGAUCUCCGCCAAUCUCCCUUUCAAGGUCGAAUUCAUCACUGAGAUUGAAGGCCGUGGCACCGUCAAGUUCUUCGCCCAUCUCAAGGAGGACGAAUUUGAAUACGUCGAUGACAACCGUGAUUGAGCUUGUAGACUACAUCUCUGAAGUAUUGCAUUUACAUUCCUCUUUCGCUGGCUCCCCUCGCGUGCAAUAAUUUGCCGACCAACUCAUAGCAAUGCAAUAUAAGUAAUCCCUAAAGGAGUAAGCAACGGUUUCUCUUGUUGUACUCACUUACCUGCCGGUUUUUUGUUGUUCGGACAGAUGUGGAAACUCUUACUCUCCUCAGAAGCGAGCUGGCUUUCCUGAUUAAUAAUUCAAAUGUGUCCGACUUUUAUGUGUGGUGUAUGGAUUGUUUAAUUCCUCUCUGACUGUUUCUAGAUGGAGAAUUCGCCACUGUUAUUACUAUUUUGCUGUUAUAUAAUUGCUUAUAUAAGUGGUUUUUAAUUCCUUAAUGAUUUCAA